UGCGAAGCGAUGGCAGCGUCGGCCAACGAGGAGAGCGCCUUCCGUAGGUUCCUGGAGCUGCUGCUGCGCCAAUUCCGGGGCCCCUUCGGCGAGGAGGACCCUCUGCCCCUCCGGCCGGUCUCCAACCACAUCACCGAGGAGGAGCUGGAGGGCGAGUGCCUGGACCUCUGCCUCCAGCAUCUCUGCAGAUAUAAUGCCCCUUUCUCAUUGGCUGCGGCAUUGGCAAGGGCAACAACAAAUGAAAUUCUUCAGAGUGACCUUUCUGCUCUCCAUUAUGUGCCGAAACUUCUGGAUGGGACUGAUGGGGUCACACAGUUUGACUCAACAAGGCUGUCCCGAAUGGUGUUCACCAAACUCCACGAGAUCUGCUGCAGCUGGGUGAAAGACUUGCCAUUGACACGAAGAACUCAUCCCUAUUUUGAAACGUCCAUUCACGCCAUCAAAAACAUGCGCAGAAAGAUGGAGGACAAACAUGUCUGUCUGCCAGACUUCAAUACUCUCUUCAAUCUAGAGGACCAGGAGGAGCAGUCAUUUUUCGCUGUAUUCGAUGGACAUGGAGGAGUGGAUGCCGCAAUCUAUGCCUCCAUCCACCUCCACGUGAACCUUGUCCGACAGGAGAUCUUCCAGCACGACCCAGCUGAGGCCCUGUGUCGAGCCUUUCGCCUCACGGAUGAGCGGUUUGUUCAAAAGGCCGCCCGGGAGAACCUGCGAUGUGGAACGACUGGUGUGGUGACCUUUAUGCGAGGGAACAUGCUGCAUGUAGCCUGGCUGGGUGAUUCCCAAGUGAUGUUGGUGCGGAAGGGCCAGGCAGUGGAACUGAUGAAACCUCACAAACCUGACAGAGAGGAUGAAAAGCAGCGAAUUGAAGCGCUCGGAGGCUGUGUGGUGUGGUUCGGGGCUUGGCGAGUUAAUGGAAGCCUUUCUGUCUCCAGAGCCAUCGGCGAUGCCGAGCACAAGCCGUACAUCUGCGGCGAGGCGGACAGCGACUCCACCGUGCUGGACGGCACCGAAGACUACCUCAUCCUCGCCUGCGAUGGUUUCUACGACACCAUGGAGCCCGAGGAGGCGGUCAGGGUAGUGUCCGACCACCUCAAGGAGAACAACGGCGACAGCAGCAUGGUGGCUCACAAGCUCGUGGCGUCAGCCCGGGACGCGGGCUCGAGCGACAACAUAACGGUCAUCGUGGUGUUCCUGCGCGACCUGAGCGCGCCGGCGGAUGAAGAGAGCGGGGCCAACGGUCACUCCAAAUGGACUGGGAACUCGUUCGACGGCGCGCAGGGAGACGGUGGUGAUGACAAGGAGAACCGUGGCGACUAUCAGGGCUCGCGAGCCCACCACCAAUAUGGCGCCGCCUCAGAACUGACGCAGGACACGCGGGAGGACUCGCUGACCGACAGAACUAGCCUGACUCUAGGCCCCCCGAUUAGCGUCCUGCCGAUGGGAGCCGGUGCCAAGGAAAGGCCUGCUGUGCGGUGCAGGCCCGAGCAGCCCUGCAGGGGGCCAAGCCUGCGGGAACGCAGGGACUUUGCGUCGGGCGCCGUCCGACACCGGAAGACCCGGCCCGCGGGGCGCUCGAGGAGGCAGCGCCGGGCGGAGAGGCCGGUUCCCUGCUUCCCCGGGGCCCUGGCGGCCAGGCAGCGAGGAGAGCGGUCAGCGCUGCGCCUCAGCCGGCGGGCCAGCAGCAAAACCGCGAGGAAUCACAACGGCUCAGUACACCGGGCACCGCGGCAGAGAAAACCGGGCAGUGCCUGCGGCUCCGGGGCAGUGACUCCUGACAGCUGGCAUGGAGAGGUGCCAGCCAGGUCAAGUAGCUCAUGUCUACUUCAACAGUAAAGCUGUCACACCCUACCCCCUCCUUCCCUACCUGCCCAUUACUAGACUGGAGUUGUUUACUCCUCUGUUCCUAGACAAUCCUCACCUCACUCUAGCUAACUUAUAAAUCAACUCGUAAUCUUCACGUUAUCUUAUAUUCCCGGCCCAGGCGUAGUAGCUGAAGCCCAUAACAGUAAGCCAUGCUACCCAGGGAAGAUCAUAUCUUAACUGGUUUCUGUAGACAGAGCAGGGUCACUGUGGCAUUUUACCUGUAAUGAUGCCACUCCCCUACUGUUCCCAGAACUUUUCGUGACCCGAUAGCCAGCUGCCAGGAGUGGGGCAUGGGUGGUGGAGAGGAACGAGGGAGGAAGAAUUUGUGUCAUAUUCUGAUCUACUUGUCUGACACGUAGAAGAUAGGAGCAGGAGUCAGCAAUUCACCCCUUCAAGCUUGCUCUGCCAUUCCAUCGGAUCAAGGCUGAUAAUACAGCACUGUUCCCACUUCUCCCUAUACCCAUUGAUCCCUUUAGUCGCCAAGUUCCACAGGUGACAUAGACAUGUGCUGCAAUUUCUGACCUGCCUUUGUACUCAAGCAGCUCCCUUUUUACCCAGUAAGAGUGCAUCUAUUUUUUUAAAAACCAAUUUCAGCAGCAUCACUGGCAGUGCCAGUCAUUUAUUGCCAGUCAGGGGGAGAGGAGAACUGGUUGAAAGCAACUGAAUGUUUUGCUCAGCCAUUUCAGAGAACAGUUGAGAGCCAACUUCAUUGGAGUUGGACUGGAGUCACAAGGCCAGACCAAUAGUGGUGGCAUAUUUCUGUCCCUGAAGGACAUUAUGGACCACUUUUGCAUUUAUGAUAAUCCAAAGUCUUGUGGGCACAUUUACUCCUGUCAUUUCCUGAAGUGAACUCAAAUUCUCUAACUGUACAGACUUUCUCAAUGUAUUCGUCUAGGGUUCUGGCUUACCAUUCUUCAGACAUAAGGAUUACACCAGCAGACCUUUUAGACAAUGCUCCGGCUAACCUGCCACCCACACUCCAUUCCAGCCCUCACCAUGGUUGGGGUCUUGUGUUGCGGUCUGUCCCCAGCCAGUCUGGUGGAUGAUUGUCACAGCCACUUCCUUCACUGUCCAUGCGCCUCCCUGCCUCACUCCACCUUCCUCCUUCCCAGGACUGAAUGGUGCACAGAGAUAUUGGCAGCCCAGCAAGAUUUGCAAAACCCCCUUGCUGAAGAGAUAUCUGACCUGGUCUCGGAUUUACCUCAGUCAGAAAGUGGAAAAGUUUAGAGCUGGGCUCAACUGAAACCUAAUCCAAAAGAAGGGUUUCAUUUCCGAUUGGAUAGGGGAAGUGGGAAGAAUGCGUGUGUGAAAGUGAACAUCUCAGUUUACAGAACACAUUAAACUGCAGUAAUAGUGAUUUCUCUGAUAAUCAAUAGUUAAAAGUAUUUGUUUGUCUCUGGCUGUGGUUAUUCACUCAUAGCGAAUCAAACCUGUGAGGCUAAGGCUCUCAAAUUGAUGAUUCCAACACCUGUAAUGGUUUUUUUUAUAAACUAAAGGCUGUUAUAAUCAUUACACAUUGAACAGGUGUCCUGGCUUGUAUUUAAAAAAAACAUAUAUAUUAGUACACUCAUCAGGGCACUCCCUACCAAAUACAGACAGUAACAGUCAUGAGUUACUGGUAGCUAGUUAAACUUUAGAAAGUAUCUCCUUCUGAAGAAACUCAAGGUAAUUCUGUAAGACAUGUAUGAUGCAUUAGUAGUUUUUGGUCUGAUAAUAUACCUGCACUGGUAGCUGUGAAAGUCUGACUAUGAAACUGUGCUGGUCUCCUGUAUGCUGCACUAGAACCUGUACCACUGCUUACAGUGGAUCUGACUGUAUCACUUCACCUGUACAGGUAGCAAUCCAGCCACUUACCUAUGCUAAUCAUAGUUUUAAUUGUAUGUCUCUUUGGCGUUCUGGUUUUAGUGUAACCCAUUUUGUAUUGGUACCUGUAUAGGACCUGUGAUGGUCUGACAUUACUCUUCUGACUGUGCAUCCAAGUUGGUACCUCUAGUAGUCUGCCUGCACAGAUAUUGCCUGCACAGAUAUCAACUGUACAUCUUCAGUUUGAAAAUACUUCUGACUGUACACCUGUACUGGUGCCUAUAGUUGUAUUGGUACUGACGACAACUGGAGCAGUUUGAUUGUACACUUGUACUGAUGCCUGUAGUUGUACAGGUACUGUCUGCAAUUGAAGCAAUUUGAAUACUGGUGCCUGUGGUUGUAUAGGUGCUACCUGCAAUUGUAGCAAUUUGUCCAUACACCUGUACUGGUGCCUGUGUAGGUACUGUCUACAGUUGAAGCAGUUUAACUACACAUGUACAUCUUCAGUUUGAAAAUACUUCUGACUGUACACCUGUACUGGUGCCUAUAGUUUUAUAGGUGCUGACUACAACUGUAGCACUUUGCCUGUAUACUUGUACCAAUGCCUGUAGUUGUAUAGGUACUGUCUACAGUUGAAGCAGUUUGACUGUACUGCUUCCACACAUUAAAACAAUCCUGGCUUUGUGACACGUAGUAUUUAACUGAUUGCAGCUGGUGGUAGCAAAUAGUCCUUAACCUGGUUUGAAUUUCUGUGCCCUUAUUUGCUUCUUGUUUAAAUAAAUAAUAAACUCCCUGCCCUCCUCCCCCCACAACCAGUAGCUGUAUUUACAUGGUCAGUAUCUUGUAAUUUCUAAUGAUGGUAUUUCUGGUGAUUAUAAUGUAAAAAUUAUAUAUAUAUAUAAGGUCUUAAAAACUUGAACACCAAAAAGGUGACAACACUAUUGUAAUUAUAAUCUGUUUUAAUGCUGUUUAGUCUGUGUACAUUUUGUGUUCUAUGUAAUAUCUUGUGUAUUGGAAAUGGUGGAGCACUUUGUACUAUUAAAAGCAAAGCCUUUAAUUAA